GGUGGUGACGUAGUAGCAGGAAGUUUUGGUGCUGCUUGUAGCGCUGCUGAGGGAAAAGUUGGGCUCCGGGGUGUGAGAGUCGGAGGAAGAAGUGCUCGUUAUGGGGGGAGCGUCCAGCCAGCUGUCCAAACAGUUCCUGAACGAGUAUCAGGAGCUGACCUACCUGACAAAACAGGAAAUCCUGCUUGCUUAUAAAAGAUUCAGUGAAAUGAUACAGAAAGAAUACAGAAGCAACAUUGAAGCUGCCCGAGUCCCCAAGGAGAGGUUUCUCACUUUGCCUGAAUUAAAGGCAAACCCCUUUAAGCAUCGCAUUUGCCACGUCUUCUCUACCUCAGAACAAGCUGACGGCAGCAUGUCCUUUGAAGACUUCCUUGACAUGCUGAGUGCUUUCAGUGACUCUGCUUCACUUGAAGUUAAGUCUCAUUACGCCUUCAGAAUCUUUGAUUUUGAUGGAGAUGGUGCCCUAAAUGAAAGCGAUCUAGAGACGCUGGUGAAUCAUCUGACAGGGGAAGAAGAGGACUCAAAACUAAGUAACAAUGAGAUGCGGCAGCUUAUUGCAAAUAUUCUUGACGAGUCCGACAUUGAUAAGGAUGGCACAAUAAACCACUCUGAAUUCCAGCAUGUCAUCUCCAGAUCUCCUGACUUUGUCAGCUCCUUCAAAAUUAUUCUAUGAGUCUUGCUGCAGUCUGUCUUCAAGUGAACAAUAGGCUUAUUGCUGGAAUGAAGCUGUCAGCUGUGAUUACAAUUGGAAGUACUGUUCUGUGCCGGGCAGCUGGCGUGGUAAUCCCCCCGGUAGUAACAGGCUGACUGAUGAUGGUGCAUGUAACUACUGUUGGUCAUAUACCCUUCAGCGAUGUCUAUACACUGGGCAACCUGAAACCAUUUCUACAGAGGUGGCAUUGUACAACAUUACUUUUCAGUUUAAAGGCAUCUGUCAGCAGAUUUGUACCUAUGAAACUGGCUGACCUGUUACAUGUGCACUUGGCAGCUGGAGGCAUCUGUGUUGGUCCCAUGUUCAUAUGUGCCUGCAUUGCUGAGAAAAAUGUUUUAAUAUAGGUGCAACGGGGGCGUUGCCAUUACACCUAGAGGCUCUGCUUUGUUUGACAGGUCCAGGCAGGUGUGAUCAAGUUUACACUGACUUGUCAAUCAAAGUGCAGAGGGCACAGCAGUUGCAGAGAGAGCAGAGCCUCUAGGUGUAACGACAACGCCCCCGUUGCCCCUAGAGGCUCAUUAGCAUACAUUAAAACUUCAUUUUUCUCAGU